UUUUCGACUUUGAUUAUACCGUCAGUGCCGAUGUGCCAUUACGUCAUGCCCCUACCUAAAGUUCUGACUGUAAAAAAGUUAUGAUCAUACCAUUUUAUUUUUUUGAUCAUAUCACACCGUUCUGCAGAUGGUUAUGGACUUAUGGUUAUCAGGAAAUCUAUGUGCGUGUGACUGGUGUCUCACGAAUCAUCGAAUGGUGGCUCAUGAAACGGAUUCCAAUGAUUCCAUUUAACGAUUUAUUUUUGUUCAAAAACUUUGAAACUUCUAAGUUCCAAAAAUCUCCUAAGUUUAAGUCUGUAUUUAAUAUAGGCGAUAGGGCGUAGGUAGCGUAGGAGAAGUUUGUACUUAUUUAUGGAUACAAUUUAUUUCUUAUCGAUUAUUAAUUGUUUUAAAAUUGAACUCCAUUAGUCGUUUUGUAUUAAACGUCCAGUGUUAAAGAAUAAUAAUAGAUUAUUAAAUUAUGGCUGCUGUAGAAAGCAAUAUCCACGAUUCAGUGAGAGUUGGCCGAAAAGUGAGUGUUGGCGCAUUUACUGGGUUUGCUCGAUAUGUCGGUCCAAUCCCUGGAACAGAAGAUAUAUGGGUGGGUAUCGAAUGGGAUGAUCCAAACAGAGGUAAACAUGAUGGGAUCCAUAACGGUAUCAGAUAUUUUAAGACUAUGAUGCCCAAUCCUAAUGGAGCAUCGUUUGUACGUUUAGAAAAAGUGAUACCUAACAGCAUCAGUUUUAUAACUGCUUUUCAAAGUAAAUACGGCCAAGAUUUUGAUAAUAGUGUUCAUCAAGAUAUAAUUCAAUUUAUGAAACAGUCUAAAAUGAGUAAAUUGGCAUCUUUUGAUCUAGUUGGAAUGCAAAAAAUUAAGAAAAAGCAAGCAUGUUUUGAUAAGUUAACUCAUGUAAGUCUAAGUCAUCAUGGUAUAACGGAUGCUGGUAAACCAGAAGAAAUACAAAAUUGCUGUCCAAAUAUUGAGAAUUUAGAACUUUGUGAUAAUUGUUUUACCGAUUGGGAAACAGUAUCAAAAAUAACAGGGCAGUUAAAACAUUUAACCUCUUUAGAUUUAAGCUUUAACACAAUAGAUCUACCACAAGAACCAAUUCCACAAUUCAAAGAAUGUUUUAAAUGCUUGAAGAACAUUAUUUUAGGUAAGCUCUAUUACAGCUGGCAUGAAAUCAUGUCUUUAUCUGAAGCAUUUCCAGUACUUGAAGUAUUAGAGGUCCCAGAUAAUAACAUAGAUAGACUUGAGAGACCUUCGAUGUUCAUGGAAAAUAUUUUGUACUUGAAUCUGGAAAAUAAUAAUUUAUCAUGGCAAGAAAUCAAUAAAUUGCGUUUUUUACCAAAAUUAGAAUCUUUAAAUGUCAAUCGAAAUGGAUUAAAAGAAAUUCAAAUUGUACCAUCGUCGUUUCCCUCACUUAAAUUUCUGAUGAUCAGUGACAAUGAGUUAUUAUAUUUUGAAUCAUUAUGUGAGCUUAAUAAACUACCAGCAUUACGUUCUUUAAGAAUUCAAAAUAAUCCUGUGCUUAAGGGAAUGAGUGUUAGCAAUUACACUUUACAAAUAAUAGCAAGAAUUGCUAAUUUAACGGCGCUAAAUGGAACUAUGAUAACUCUUAAAGAGCGACAAACUAAUGAAAGAGAUUUCUUAAAAGAUUUGGACAUGAUUUGGCAUAGACAAUUAAAGAGUGCAGAAGAAAGAGCUGAAUUCUUGACUAAACACCCGAGAUACAUGGAACUCAUUGCUAAAUAUGGUUCUGAUUACUCCGAAGAAUUAAACACGUCAAACAAAAUAAGAACAAUAAAAAUUAGAAUUGUGAACUUUUGCAAAGAAUCAAAUACAGAAAAGGAUGUAAUAAUAAAAACACUUCCAAUUACUAUGACACUUAAUCGUCUUAAAGAACUUGGAAAACGUUUAUUUGGUCUAGGCAACAAACAACUUGAAUUUUCAUAUUUAACAAAAGAGAAACCAGAUAUUGAAUAUUCCAUGGAAAACAUGAAUCAAUCAUUAGACUAUUAUUCUGUUGAAGAUGGAAACACAGUGCUAAUUAAAUGGUAA